AAACGUUCGUGGAUUGGAUGGUGCUUCGGGAGCCGCGACAGAGGACAAUCCGGAGACGAUCCGAAUCGAUCCGUCGCGAAAGAUGGUAGCACCGCAUCGUCCUCCGCUUCGCUCCACCUGAAGAGACUCGAGACUCUAGACUCCUUCCCGAAGAUAAGGAUACCGAUCUCACGGGCCGUCGGAUAUCACGGAUACGGCGCGAGCGGCGGCGGUCGCAGGUUGGAUGGUGCCGCGAGGAUUGAUCCUCGGCAGGACGACGACACGGGAGCCGGAGCCGGAGCAGCUACGCUUUUACGACUCACCGUCGCCGCCACUACGGAUGGACGCGAGUGUGUGUUGCUUGCCCGCCGGUGCCGCCGCGGCCGCCACGGGGGUCGUCCAGCAUCACCACCCUCAUCCGGCGUCGCUGCCCGGUCUGCCGUCCGCCGUCGGCGUCCAGCCGCCGACGAUACAGCCGCCCUACGUCGCCCAGUACGCCGCCGAUCAGAUAGUGCCCGAUCGGGCCCAGCCCGACGGGCCCCUCGCGGCCGCCCUCGCGGGAUGUAACGCCCAGGACGGCUGGCAGCAGAUCUCGUCGACGGCGCCCGUCACCGCCGCCGUCGCCACCACCACCGCGUACAUCGACUACUCGUGGCUGCAGAUGCAGCAGACGUCGGACCUGGACACCUUGCUGUGCAGGCAGGAUCUCGAUCGUUUGCAGAGGCUGGACGAGGAUGAAUCGGACGCGAGAGACGCGCGGGAGCCGUCGUCGGUGCACAUGGAGGAUUUCUUCGAGGUCGGCGGUCCUACGACGGUGUGCCGGCCACCGCAGACCAGCUUCGUCUCCGCCAGGGGUCAACCGACGGCCGCCGGUCAAGAUGACGACGUGUUCCUCAGGCCGCCGCUCUGGGAGGACAUCACGUCGAGUAUCCAGAAGCUGGACCCGGAGAACGCGGACAUGCUGGGCUCGCAGUCCCACGUGAAACUGGAGACGGACGAUGUGACGCCGCCGCCGGUCCUGUCUCCGGUGGAGAUCAAGACGGAGCCGUUACCGCCCCCGCCGACCUUGCACCUUCUCGAGGGACCGAAUCCCGCGCAGAAUCCCUUUCCGAAUCCCGCCAGUGUUCAACACGUUGUCCAUCAUCGAACGACGACGACGACGACGACGGCGCUCUUCAAGAACUUUCCCAACAACAACAAUAACAGCAAUAACAAUAAUAACAACAAUAACGGAACCGUUAAUAGUAAUGGGGCGAGCGGGAACGGCGGCAAUAACGGUAGCAACGCCAAUAACAACAAUGGUAACAACAAUAAUAGUAACAACGGUAAUGGUGACUCGUCGACGACGAGUCAUCAUCAGGCGAGUGGCAACGCGACGUCGCCGCUCUAUGGCUCGAUGACGAGGCUGAUGUAUAUUUCACCGCUGACGCCACCGAUCUCCGAUCCCGGCUCGCCCAUCGGUCCACCAAGACGGACGCCGCCACCCCCUUAUCCCCAGCCUGGCCCGAUCCUGAAUCCAGCCCACAGGAUCCAGUCAUCGUCGAUGUCGUCCAAAUUCAACAGGCGGAAUAACCCGGAGCUGGAGAAGCGCCGAGUUCACCAUUGCGAUUUCGUAGGUUGUACAAAGGUCUAUACGAAGAGCUCGCACUUGAAGGCUCAUCAGCGGAUACACACGGGCGAGAAACCGUAUCAGUGUCAAUGGCCGGAAUGCGAGUGGCGAUUCGCCAGGAGCGACGAAUUGACGCGGCAUUACCGCAAGCACACCGGGGCUAAGCCCUUUAAAUGCGCGGUCUGCGAGCGCUCGUUCGCCAGAAGCGAUCAUCUCGCGCUGCACAUGAAGCGGCACCUCCCGAAGCAGCACACCAAGUGAAGAGCGAAAGAGUGAGAGGCAAAAAGAGAGAAGAGCUCUUUUCUUUGCUUCCCGUUCGUUCUCGACUACCCGUGUUGGACGCGCGUUGCGCGGUUUUUCGCCAUUCGGGCUUUCGGAGGCGCGGAGCUUUCGAUUCGAAUCCGUCAAUCGGAGAACGUCGAGUGAUACGCACAGAAAUGCGUAGAAAUUACAUAAAGAGUAAACACUAUUUUUUCAAGUAUUAUUCUCUUGUCUCUAAAAACAGAACGAUAUCUAUGGCAUCAUAUCGCUAACAAAAAUUGCAUGUGUUUACAUUGUUAUCACACGCGGAUCUGUUUUCCCGUUUGUAAUCCCUUGAAAGAUUAUACAAGCUCAGUGAUUAUUUUAAAACUGAUCCUUACGAUCGUUGAAUCACGUUCGUUUAUGUGCAAUCAAAUUCUCGCUCUUGCGAUACGAUUCCGGCUUCGGGUCCCGAUCUCGUCUCGGUCCCGAUUCGCAAUAUACAAUAUACAUACAUCGACGGAGCAUCGAUCGGGGCUAUCUCUCGAAGCCGAGCCGUCUCGACUCUGAUUGCUUCGGUUUACGUUCAUAACUCUUCAGUUAACCGAUUAUGACGAAACACAUCCUCGGUGUGGGUGGCGAUCGCGAGGAUAUAUUUCGUCAUAGCGCUAUAUGCUCACUCACGGACACAAUCCGAGAGUGAGAGACAUUAUACGAUCUACGUGUAACUGUAGCGUCGACGAAUAAGCCCGGAGCCGAGUCGAGUCGUGCGCGACUAGAAAAGCGAAGCUGGUGCUCUCGCAAAAUAAAAGCAAAAACAUUUCGCAUUUUAACGAUCUUUUACGUCGAAACGUAUUUAUUUCGAAACAUUCGAAUCUGGACAUAACUAAGUUCAUCUCGAUGUUUGUGCAAUUUUUUCGAUCGAAUCGCUUAAAGAAUGUAACUCCGUACAUCUUCAAUUUCCUUUUUUCACUCUCUCUCUGUGCGUGUCGAGAGUCGCAUCUAUGAAAAGGCUAAAAACUCUUUUGAACCAAAAAAAGUGAGAGAAAGAGAAGAAACAUAUUUACAUUUACAGAUAAUAAUGUUUUAACUUGGAUCAUACGUAAUCAGAAAUUCUGCUAUCUUUAUCCGCAUAUUUUUCGCGAGGUUGUUUUUUCCGCUAAUCAAAAAAAUGUAUUUGACUCUUCUCC